GCUGCAGGCUCCAGAACACUUGGUGGCAGUAAUAGAUUCUGUUCGCCAAUAAAGGUCACAAGAAAAAGAGGAACACAAUGUUUACGUAGAGUUGGAGUUUAUUUGAUCGUUUGUCUCUUUUUUUGUUUUUUUUUCUGGAUCUACUCACGCAGUCUCAUGGCCACAAGCAGCUGCUGCUGGAUCUAGCAGGAAUUUCUUCUUUAGCAGAGAUUGUGUUAAAGAUGAGCAACCCAGUCUACUUUACCAGAGCCAAAGAAGAGGAAAACCUCUGGAUAGAAAGAAAGAAAGAAGACAAACAAACACUUACUGGGGAGGAGGCCAGAGACUUUUACCAAAGCCUGCUACAAGAGACAGAUGGAGAAAAGCCAAAAGAGGGACAAGCAGCAACCACAAGAAGAGUGAGAAGAAGAGCAGGUCCCAAAAGAAGAAGAGAAGCAAGAAGACCAGAAGCUGCCCCCGUUGAACCGGUUAACACCUCAGAGCGUGAUGGAUACAAACUCCUCCGAUGUGCCCAGGAGGGCAACAUUCGGGCCCUAAAGGACCUCUUGCGGCGUGGCAGUGAUGUCAACUUCCGUGAUGAUUUUUACUGGACAGGUGUGAUGUGCGCAAGUAAGGCAGGACAAACAAAGGCUGUUCGGCUGCUCCUGCAACACGGUGCUGCGUGGGUGGGAGUGGUGGACAAACAGGGGAGAGAUGCUCGGGAUCUGGCCCUGCAGGCAGGUCACCAGGAUGUAGUGAGAGAACUGGAGCAGUUCAGUGUGUCAGAGAUCACAAACACACCUACUACAAACAGAGAGAGUGUUCAGUCUCAGUGGUGUAAUAUGUGUGCUGUGCAUUACACAGACAGCACUGAAACACACAACAGGUCCACACUGCAUCAGUUCAGUGAGCUCCGCCCCCCAGCCACCCCUCAAUACUGCCUGCCCUCUUCCAGCACCAGCUACAAAAUGAUGCUCCGUUUGGGGUGGGACCCCUCUUCUGGUCUUGGACCCGCCCACUCCGGCCGCAAAAACCCAGUAAGCACGGUUCUAAAGAGAGAUCAGGUGGGCCUGGGAUAUGGAGUGAGCCCGCAGCCCAAAGUCACACACUUCCAGGCCAAGGAUCCUCAGGCAGUGCUACAUAUGCGUAAAGAGAAAAGACUGGAGAAAAGACUGGAGAAGAGACAGGAGAAAGGAACAACGCUCGGUGCUAAAGAACUUAAGAGGAAAGAAGAACAAGACAAGAGAUGGGAGAGAGACUACCGUGCUUCAUUUAACUUUGACUUCUGAACUACCGUGCUUUUGUUUAAAAUUUUGGAACACAAACUUUUUCUUAUUUACUAAAAUUCAGUUGAAAUAUGUUGGUUUGACAGUAACAAAUAUAAAGACUACAUUUAAAGAAUAUGUGGUGUGUGCUGAAACAGUUGAAAAGUAGACAUUUUACAAAAGACAAAACAACUGACUGAAAGAAAAAAGCAACUGGAUGGACACUAUUAAAAAGAUUGUCAAUGGGUUGUCAUUACAUAAUUAUAUUCGAAAACAUGAUUAAACUCGGAUUGGUUUUAAAUUUGUGUCAUCAGUCUAAAAUAUUAUUAUUUUUCUUUUGCAUUCAGUUGAAAUAAGUUUAGUUCCUUUUAAGGAAAAAUAGGCUGAUAAUAUGGACAUUUAAAAAAAAACAAACAGGAAAAGAAGUUCCAUUAGUACUUAUUUACAUGCAGAACCAUAUACUAAUUAUGCUUCAUAAGUUGAAAAAGUUUAAGGUUAUAAAAAUACGUUAAAGAGAUAGUUCACGCAGAAAUGAAAAUUUUGUUAUUAAUUACACACCCUCAUGUUGUUCUAAACCCGCAAGACUUCGGAACACAAAUUAAGUUAUUUUUGAUGAAAUCCGAGAGCUAUCUGACCCUCCAUAGACAGCAACACAACUGAAAUGUUCCCAGACCCAGAAACAGCAAGGACAUCGGUGGUUCAACCGUAAUUUAACGAAGCUACGAGAAUACUUUUUGUGUGCAAAGAAAACAAAAAUAACGACUUCAUGCAACGAUUAUUCUCCUCCUCAUCCUGGUCUGCUUCGGCGUGCCGCCAAUGUGGAGAGCGCAUACUUUCCUCUGCAUAUAAACGAUGCACGUGCAUGCUGUCCUCAGUGCAUGUGCUUUCAACAUAAGCAGCAGCGCGUGAAUGCGUUGUUUACAUGCAGAGGAAAGCACUGGGAACAUUUCGGUUGUGCUGCUGUCUAUGCAGGGUCAAAGAGCUCUUAGAUUUAAUCAAAAAUGUCUUAAUUUUGUGUUUCGAAGAUGAACAAAGGUUUUACAGGUUUGGAAUGACAUGAGGCUGAGAAAUUAAUGACAGAAUUUUCAUUUUUGGGUGAACUAUCCCUUUAAGGGGUACAGUAAAUUUAGGAAGGUUUUUGGACUACACACUAAUUGUGCCUAAUAAACCGACACGUAUAGUCGAUGUUAAAUCCUUAAAUGGUGUUCUUUUAUCGGGUAAAGGUCAUAAACAACUGUAGGAAAAAACAAUCAACUCAAUUAGACUUUUUCACUUUGUGUGUAACCCCUUUGCCAGUUGUGAUGUUUUCAUAAGUUUGUGCAUGUUUGGUUGUUGUUGCUUUAACAUCAAAACUGGAGAACAAUCUGAUCAUCAACAAUCUCAUCUCAAUGCAUUUUUUAUAUUGUUGGAUUUGUAAAAUAAGCAUGUUUUAGGGCUCUUUUUUAUGUUAUCAGCAUGUACAGUUGUAUUUUUCAUUUAGUACAAAUUUUACAUAAAAGAUGUUUACAUAAUAGUCUAGAAGACAAAAUAAUUAUAAAAAAAAUGACCUAGUUCAAAAUGUUAUAUUUUGUGUUGUCACCUAGAUGCUCCACAGAUUGUUUUUUGUUGUUGUUUUGUGAUGGUUGUUCAUGAGUCACUUGUUUGAAUGGAGUGAACCAUUAAACUGGCCGGUGUUUUUCAAAAAAAAAAAAAAACUUCCAGGUCCUGCAAAUUCUUUGGUUUUUCAGCAUUCAGCAGUUUUCAGCUUUCAAGCAGUGACUGCAUAAUUUUGAGAUCCAUCUUUUUACACUUACAACAACUGUGGGACUCAUACACAAUUAUUACAAAAGGUUCAAACCUUCACUGAUGCUCUAGAAGGAAAUACGAUGCAUUAAGAGCUUUUGAACAGGAUGAAGAUGUGUAAAUUUUUCUUAAUUUGUUUAAAGAUCAAAUUUUUUCAUUUAGAACUGCCCUUCAGAAGCUACAAAAGAUACUUACAUGUUUCCCAGAAGUAAAAAUAAGUAUAAUUUUACCCUGAUCUUCAAAUGAUCUUAAUGCAUCUUGCUUCCUUCUUCACGUAAUUACAUUUUUGAACUAGGUCAUUUUUAUAAAUUCAGCUAUUAUUUUGUUUUAUGGACUAUAUGUAAACACCUUUUAUGUCACAUCAAAUUCAGGAGAAUACUACAUAGAAAUAACAUGUAUUUUGUAUGAUCCUUCUUGUUUUGGUAAAAUAAUGAACAUUUAGCAUAUUAUGCAAGGUGUAUGUAAACUGUAUGUGCACUCUUUUGGUGUGUUUUGUUUACACUUGAUUUGAACAUUUCUGACACUGGUAUUUCUCCAUAUGAUUGAGAAUGUUUUCAUAAUAUAUAUUUUGUGUCUCUUGAGAAUGUGUAAUUUGAUGCUGCCCUCAAGUGCACCUGGAAAACUCUUAAGUCACAUCUCUGAUUUUGCAAGUGGGAAACCAUAUAUAUUAUAUAAUAUGGAAGCAGCCAAACCAUAAAUAAUUGUGAAAACUUAUUUUCUUAGUAGAAAAGCAUAAGUGAAUACAAGUGCAUCAUCAUUAUACAACCUAUAAGAUUUAUUUAUGCAUGGUAUCUAAUGUCUUAAUUUGCAUUAAGUAAACAAUUAAGGUUGUUUGUUUUACAUUAAUAUGUCAUUUGUCCUUAUUACUAAAACACAGCAAUGAAGAAACUGGAUAAUAAAUACUAAAACAAACAAACAAAUCAUAAUCCAUCCCUUGGGCAUAAAUAUGUAAGUGUAACCAUUAGAAACAGCAUACUGUAGUGAUUUUUUUAUCUUUAAUUUUUUCCUGCUUUCUGGAUCAUUUGUGAUGAUACAUCAUAUGAAAGACCCUAUAGGCCCUAUUUGUGUAUACAAGUUUCUUUGUUUAUUAUGUUUCAAGUACACUGUGAUGUAAAUUUCCAUAAUUGCAUCUUAAUAUGUAAGGCAUACAUGUUUUGUAAAAUGAUUUUACACAUAUUUUAGAACAUUUUAAAAAAGAAAUUCUAAAUACA